ACUGAACUUGAUGACCUGACUAGUCUAAUAGCUGAUACUACUGCCUGUUACAUAGUAUUUGCCUCCAGAAGAAAUGGCCUCAUGACCGGAUCAAGACGUCAACCACGCUCAUCCUUCCAUCGCCACAUGGACAAAACCAUCACUCCAUCCCAUCCAACUAACUAACCCACCCUCCACUCACCUCAUCUUACAGAUAGACAGAACCCACUAUGCCCAUGCCCAAACCAAAAAUACCAAGAACAAUCCCAACCGGCCACAAAAACCCCUUCUCCGAACCCACCCCGGACGAACACAUCCUCUUCCUCCCCGCAAACCCAUCCUCUACACCCACACCAGCCCAGCCACCUUCUACAUCACCGGAUAGUAUGCGACAGCGCGAGCGCGAGCGCGGGAGCCCACCGAAACCGAUGAUUCGGAGACGUCAGAGUUGGGGCGAGAAGGAUCGGAGAGCGGAGAUGAGGGCGAGGCUGUUGGCGGGGGAGAGGGAGGUGGGGAGGGAGUUGGAGUUUGUGGAUGUUUUUUUGGGGAGGUAGAUUUCUGAACAAUUUGCUGUAUAUGUAAUAUGUAUCUUGGUUGUGUUUAAGGGUGGUGAUGGUGGUUAUGGCGAUGUGAUGGUGAUGGGUUGGGAUUGGCGAUGGGGCUAUGGUGAUAUGGAUAUUAGUUGGGACU